UCUUGCAUCAAUCAUCAUAACUAACAACUUCUCUCCGCUCUUUACAAAGUGGCAGUCACUGUGCAAACCCUACGCUCUCUCUCUCUCUCUCUUUAAAAUCUCUCACCAAACUCUCUCCCUCUCUCUCUCUCUCUCUAAAACUUUCUCUCUCUAGAACAGCAAUGUCGUCCUUCGUCGGCGUCCUCGUCUCCGAUCCCUGGCUCCAGAACCAGUUCACCCAAGUCGAACUCCGCCAGCUCAAAUCUCAGUUCCUCUCCAUUACGAAAGAUUACAAUGCCAAAUCUCCACUCAAGCUCAGAGAUCUCUCCGACCACGUGUCCGCCCUCAAGAUCGCCGACGAGGACAUCACGUCCUUCCCAUCUCGACGAGCUCUCCACUUGCGAGCUCUCCUCGGGUUCGGUCUCAUUCCCCCCCCCCCCGCUCUCUCUGUCUAUUUGAAGAUGCAAGGGCGAGUCGGAGGAGGAAAGGGAUCGUCUUCAUCGGAUUUCUUGAAGGCGGCGACCACGAUGCUUCUGCAUACGAUCAGUGAAUCUGAGAAGGCUGCUUACGUGGCACACAUCAAUAGCUAUUUGGGAGGAGAUGGGUUCUUGAAGAAGUACUUGCCCAUUGAUCCGCUUACUGAUGGUCUGUUCGAGAUCGCGAAGGGGGGGGUUCUUUUGUGUAAGCUUAUUAAUGUGGCUGUCCCGGGGACGAUUGAUGAGCGGGCGAUCAAUACAAAGAGAGUGUUGAAUCCUUGGGAGAAGAAUGAGAAUCAUACUUUGUGUUUGAAUUCAGCGAAGGCAAUCGGGUGUACUGUGGUUAAUAUUGGGACACAGGAUCUUGCUGAAGGGAGACCUCAUCUUGUGCUUGGGUUGAUAUCUCAAAUCAUUAAGAUUCAACUUCUGGCAGAUGUUAACCUGAAGAAAACGCCACAACUAGUUGAGUUGGUUGGAGAUGGCAAGGAUGUUGAGGAGCUGCUGAGUCUACCACCUGAAAAGAUUUUACUUCGAUGGAUGAACUUUCAGCUAAAGAAAGGUAGCUUUAAGAGAACUGUGACAAAUUUCUCAUCAGAUGUGAAGGACGCCGAGGCAUACACUUAUCUGCUAAAUGUUCUGGCACCUGAGCAUAGCGACAAGCAAUCUGCAAAAACUGUCACCAAUCCUCUUCAAAGAGCCGGAUUGGUUCUUGAACAUGCAGAUAGAAUGGGCUGCAGAAGAUAUUUGACCCCAAAGGACAUUGUUGAUGGUUCACCAAAUUUAAAUCUUGCUUUUGUUGCACAUAUUUUUCAGAAAAGGAACGGAUUAUCAUCACAAAUGAAACAAAUCUCUUUCUUGGAAGAAAACCCAGAUGAUGCACUAAUUUCUAGAGAAGAAAGAGCAUUUCGCUUAUGGAUUAACAGUCUUGGCAUUUCAACAUAUAUUAAUAAUGUAUUUGAAGAUCUUAGAAAUGGUUGGGUCCUACUUGAGGCCAUUGACAAAAUAUCUCCAGGGAUCGUCUCUUGGAAGAUGGCUAGCAAGCCUCCGAUUAAAAUGCCUUUCAGGAAAGUAGAAAAUUGUAAUCAAGUGGUGAAGAUUGGGAAACAGCUGAAAUUUUCCCUGGUUAAUGUUGCUGGUAAUGAUAUCGUGCAAGGGAACAAGAAAUUGAUAUUAGCGUUUUUGUGGCAGCUGAUGCGGUAUAAUAUUCUCCAACUUUUAAAGAAUUUGAAGUUCCACUCUCAUGAAAAGGAGAUCACAGAUGCAGAUAUUUUGAAAUGGGCUAACAAUAAAGUAAAAGAUUCAGGAAAAAGCUUGCGAAUGGAGAGCUUUAAGGAUAAAACCCUAUCAAAUGGCAUUUUCUUCCUUGAAUUGCUCAGUGCGGUGGAACCUCGAGUUGUAAAUUGGAGCCUUGUGACAAAAGGAGAGAGUGGCGAAGAGAAAAAGAUGAAUGCUACUUAUAUAAUCUCUGUGGCAAGAAAGCUUGGAUGCUCCAUAUUUUUGCUUCCUGAAGACAUACUGGAGGUGAAUCAAAAGAUGAUGCUCACAUUGACAGCAAGCAUUAUGUACUGGCAUUCCAAAAAACCAACUGAAGACAAAUCUGCAGCUUCAGAUAGUGAUAGUGUGAGUUCAUCUGAAGGAGUUUCACACUCAACCAUUGAUGACUCUGCAUCGGAAUCUUCCACAGAUGAUAGCUUAAGCAGAUAGUUGGGCAUUUUUCAUCACCCAGAAUUAAAAACUUACUAACCAAUGUAGCUUCUGAUGUAUAUUUUGAUAUUAGUUUCGGCCUGCUAUAAUAUGCGGAUGAUUGUUGAAACUAUUUGAUUCAUUGUGAGGAGGGAUUGAUUAUAGGUUUUGCUGCUUGUUAGGACAAAGGGUGGAUUGAAGAUUAUUUUUAUACUAAAUGUAUGUAUAUGUAAUAGCAUGUUUUGUUUGAUUAACUUCAAUGGCAAUUGUUUCUUCAUCAUCUCCCA